GCGGUGUACGGCAAAGAUAAUCCUGUGUUUGUUUUGGAGAUAGCUCUGCCUUGUCUAGCUAGUUAUCAUUUAGCUAUCGUAGCUAACCUGCGUCAGCGGCAGAAGCUAACAGGCUAACUCACCUAAAUGUGCAGGUAUCGUUAGCGAGUUGUUAUUAGCCACAUUGGCCGAAUAUCAAGGGGGCGCUUUUAUGUAAUAAAGACUGCGUGCAUUAGAUCCUGGCUUUGAUAAGGAAUUGAGAGCGUCUGGCCAGCAACCAGAUUGAAAGCUUUAAUUGGAGACUAACUAUGCCUUAUCUCUGAGGAUGGGAGGAAGUGGAUCCAAAGCCAAAGGUGUCUGGCCUUUCUCGAGCAGUGGAGCUGGAGGUGAUUCAGCCAGUGAUGGGAACGAGCAGUCUGUGGCCCGACUCAAAGGUUCCAGAAAUGCAACACCAUUUGUUUUUACCAGGAGGAGUUCUUUGUACUAUGAUGAGGACGGUGACCUUGCCCAUGAAUUCUAUGAAGAGACGGUGGUGACAAAAAAUGGCAGAAAAAAGUCCAAGUUGAAGAGGAUUCAGAAAAACCUAAUUCCACAGGGAAUUGUGAAGCUCGACCACCCCUGUAUUCAUGUAGAUUUCCCCAUCGUCCUCUGUGAGGUGUGAAAAGUUGCACAGGACUCAUCUACUAUGAAGUGCAGCCACAGGUACUCUUCCCGGAGUAAAGUCUUGUUCCAGUCUCCAAGCAUUACGGUCAAGACUGGAACUGUGGUCUGGAGAGAAAAUGGAAGAUUCAAACUGUCAUAUUAAACUGAUAUAUUGAAUGAAAUGUUAUACAUUUGAAUUCAACUAUGGUCAGAGGAUACCCUUUUCACAAAAACUCCAUAUUUUGAUAUUCACAGAAGUAGUGAUGGUACAGGUUGUGUUUCCACUAUCCAGCUGAUAUGUAAGCAGUCUUAGAGAAUACAUCAAAUGAAGUUGUAUUUCUCUUGUGAGUUUUUUUGCAGGGAAAAACAUCCUUGAUGUGAAAAGGCUUUAAUGGUUUAUGCCUUCUGUGAGAUGUAGAGUGAAACUGUAUGUGUCUUGUAUGUGUACAUGUGUGCACUUAGGUUUGUCUGAGAGAAUGUGUGUGAGAGGGAUUGAAGAUGUAGUUACAGGGUAGAAUAAUGAAGAGUUGUGAAACUUAUUGUAUAUAUGGUCAUGUUCUGUGUUUUCACGUCUGAGUCUGUCUCAGUUACCGGAGCUCAGACCUGCACUAGUGAACAUAAUGUACUGUAAAUAAUUUCAGAUUUCUUAGUUGGAAAUACUUGAAUAAAUGGUUUACUGAGCUGAA